GCUAAUGCUGUGUGUUUAGUUGCCUUUGCGUGCAACUGCCACAUUUCAAACUAGAAUGGCGACCGCUGUCUGCGGUCUGGUGUCCACCAGCAGUAACAAUAAAUCAGUUAAAACACACAGAGAGCAGCGGAGGAAAACGAAAGACUCCAAGAGGAGACAAGCCGCUUUGUUGUUUCUUAAUAAUAUCUCACUCGACGGACGACCCCAGUGUCAGCCUAGCGAUGAAAACGACCAAAAAGCCGCCGAGGAGCAGCGACUCAGGGAUAGAGACGGCGGCGCAACGGUCGUACCCCUGCCGGCAGAUACCCAAGAACCGGUCGCCCAGGUGACAGAACCCGCGGCGACAGGUAGUGGCUCGUCUUCUAGUGGUCCAGGAGUAGUCAGUCCUACCCGACCGUCUUUUGUAAUGUCUCCGGGACUUGCUGGGGCAAACGAGGUAUUUUUGGAGGGUGGCAGUGCGGCCGAGGCGCUAACCCCGGACACCCCUCUGUCUCCUGUCCCCACCGGACACCAGCCCUGCUCCCGUGCCAGGUCAACACCCGCCGCUCUGAGCCCGGUCCCGACCGGUAAUUCUAUGGAUUCACGACAGAGGUUAAGGAAUGUCUCUGGUUCUCCUGGACCUAAAGUGCCAAAGAAAGUCCACUUCAUCAAAAGUAUGAGGCAGUACGAUACCAGAGGAUGUAGGAUCGUGCUGAUUUGUGCCAAGCGGUCGUUAUAUGCUGCUUUCUCAGUGCUGCCCUAUGGAGAGAGGGCUCACCCAGGGGACAAAGAAGCCCACCCCCAAAAGAGGGAAAACCCCCCAUCGCUUUUAUGUUUUUAUCACCGGGGACUCAUCAUUUCCCUCAUAGAAAGGGGAGUAAACUCUAUUGCAACUGUAAUUCAUGCUGACACAAGUCACUUCUGUACUACCGGGCUGAUUUCUUUUUUUUUAUCUCUGCAGACGACUGUUGUUGAGUACGUGAAACCAUCUGAUCUGAAGAAGGACAUGAAUGAGACUUUCAAGGAGAAGUUUCCUCACAUCAAGCUGACUUUGAGCAAGAUAAGAAGCCUAAAGAGGGAGAUGGGAGCCAUGAGCGAGGACUGCGGUCUACAGCCGGUCACCAUAGCGAUGGCUUUUGUUUACUUUGAGAAGCUGGUGCUGAAGGGACGCCUCAACAAGCAUAAUAGGAAGCUGGUGGCGGCGGCGUGCGUGCUGCUGGCAGCAAAGAUCAGCAGCGAUCUGCGGAAGCCAGACGUCAAACACCUCAUCGAUAAGCUGGAAGAGCGUUUCCGGAUCAACAGACGGGAGUUGAUUCCGCUGGAGUUCCCGGUGCUGGUUGCCUUGGAGAUGGGACUUUACCUCCCCGAGAGCAAAGUCAUGCCGCACUACCGCAGGCUGGUGCAGCAGGGUUAGACCGGAUGUGGUGUCCGGCGUCCUCUGGACUGUGUGUGUGUGUGUGUGUGUGUGGGAUGGAGCGACUGUGGUAAUUCUGGUAGGAUUUAUCUUCAGUCAGGUGGCUCACUGUAUAAUAAGGACAACAAUAAUAAGGACUCGCAUAUUUGAAGAUUUAACGGCACGUGUGUCUCUGUGAAAGUGUUUUUCUACGUGUGACGUUCUGAUGUCGAUGCGGUCAUGAACUCUAUGUUAGAGAUGUUCAAUGAGCACGUUUAUUGUGCUUUUAUUUUGGUUUUCUACGACCGAUUUUCGUUUGGUGCGUCUUAGUAUUCUAUUUAAAUGAAACAUACGCUGUGAUGUUUGUGGAAGACUUUUCUCCUGCACCUUUCUUACUGCUAUACACAGUCGGUGUACUAUUUAUUAUGAAUUACAAAGAACCAUACCGUUGAUUUUGUAAAUGCCUUUUAAAACCCACUGUGACGUUGAAGUUUUAGCCAUUAGACUAAUACAUGAUAUACUGUAGAUUGUUGGUGGAAAACAUGAUUUUAGUUUGUUGUCAGAGAAGGAUGGAAGUGACCCUUUAAUUUAGGUUCUUUAUUUGUUCAUCUCCAAAAAAUAAUCUAGCCACAUGUAUAUAGAAAGAAAAUAUUGGCUCAGACUCUUGUGGCAGCUUUGUGUCCAGACAGAAACAGGAUUGUGAUGGCAUAUUAUUUAUAGUACAUGUGUUGUUGUUGUUUUUUUUAUCUUUCAUGUCAUUAACCAGGAUAUGUUUUUUUAAAUAUUUUUUUUAAAACCACUGCAAUUUAUUCUUAUUCCGGCUAGUUGCUGUAUUUUUCAGUUCUCAGGAAUCUUUCUUUCUCAUAUCUUUGAAUUGCUUAUCAAAUCUAACCCAAAGAGAUGUUUCAAAGUCGUUUCUGUAGCAUCCUCACUGAAAUCACAUAUAAGUCAAUGGAAGGUAACGGAUUGUGCUUUCACAGAUGACAAGUACCAGACCGUAUUAACCCGACUGUAGUACUUGUGUAGUAACUCUUCUGAUUUAGGUGUACAAAUAUGGAGAAAAAAAGUGCCUGAAAUUACAAUGGCAGUGAAAUGGUUAACCAUCUUAUCAUAAGUGAUAUUUAAUGUUGACUUUUCUGAGUCUUGCUGCUGUUGAGAUUUGUUUAAUGUCAAAGUUGUUCUUGUCUGGGAAACCUAAUCAAACUGUUUGUCUGCA